GUUACGUUAGUUAAUGUGAAUUGUAGGUGACAAAAUAUUCUCUCUCAUAUCUUAUCCAAUAAUAUUUAUAUUCGUAUAUUUGUAAGCCAAUUGUUAUUGAGUUAUUGAUUAAGGUGAAAUAGGAAACUAUAAAACUCUUAUUUAUAAGUCAAGCAACUCAGUUCAUUUAAUGCAGUGAAUUCGAAUAGAUCGCCAUGAGUUUAGCCGGCAAGGUUGUAAUUGUAACCGGAGCAAGUUCGGGCAUCGGUGCUGCGACGGCGGAGGCUUUUGCUGAGCAAGGUUCCAAAAUGGUGCUCGUGGGACGUAAUGAAGCAAAUCUGAAAGCUACUGAGGCAGCCUGUAAAGCUGCCAACAGCACAGCCGAACUUCUCUCCAUAAUUGCUGAUGUCACAGCUGAUGCGGAGCGCAUAAUAAACACGACACUUGAAAAAUUUGGUCAGUUGAAUGUGUUGGUGAAUAAUGCCGGUGUGGAUGCAAACGGUUCAAUCUUAGAUAUUGAUGUUGAUCAAUUUGAUCGAAUUUUUAAUACCAAUGUGCGAGCGAUCUUCCUUUUAACUAAACAUGCUGCACCACAUAUCGCGAAGACCCAAGAAAAUAUUGUGAAUGUCUCGAGCGUCGCAGGAUUGCGCUCAUUUCCAAAUAAAUCAGUAUAUUGCACUUCCAAAGCUGCCGUGGAUCAAUUCACCAGAUGUAUCGCGUUGGAUUUGGCACCGAUGAAUGUGCGUGUAAACGCUGUCAAUCCCGGCGUAGUUAUUACGGAUAUUCAUAAGCGUUUAGGCAUGUCAGAGGAGCAAUAUGCUAAAUUUUUGGAGCAUUGCAAGACUACACAUCCACUGGGUCGCGUUGGCCAGGCAAAGGAAGUUUCUGAUGCCAUUAUUUUCUUAGCUAGUGAUAGUUCGAGCUUUAUAACGGGUGCAAAUCUGUCGGUCGAUGGUGGUAGACAAUUACUGUGUCCGCGUUGAUUGCCAAUUUAAAUAUAUUAUAUGAAAACAAAAAAUAAACUUGUUUAUUUUACUCCUUAUACCAGAGAGACCAUUUUGUGGUACAGUUACAUAUAGACCAGGGUAGAUAAUUUUUGAAAGAAAAUAAAUUAUAGUAGAUAUAGAAAUAUAAAAUUUAAAAAAAAAAACGGAAAAAUAUUUACAUUUCUCAAAAAAAAAU